AUGAAUUCUGAGUCCUCUACGCAGAUGGAAACUGUCCUUUCUAUGACUAUCAUUUUUCACUUGUGGGGAACUAAGGAUAAGUUUUUCGAUAGUCGGAAUGCUCACGCAUCACUUCAAGUCCUUUUCAACAUUUUUCUAAGUGGUAAUGCCUCUCUGGAAAGCUUGUAUGCGGGCGAUAUUCUCAUUGACUUUUGUGCUAAUUCUACUUCCUUCUCCUUGAUCAAUUCCCUAAUCUUUCAUUGGGACAAGCCUGAAGGAACUAAUGCCAUCUUUACUGGGAUUAGCAACCACCUUAUGCAGCCCACAGAUCAUCUUCUCUCCGCUUCUACGGCCGCCUUCAUUUACAAUCUGGAAUCAUCGUUUUCAAAGGAUAUCUCUGAUGCUGACUACAACACUACACUACUUCAACUUCUCACUCUUGUUACUCAAGCCCUCUCACUUCGACUUGAAAAUGGGAGCUCCAUCGAGGCAGCCUAUAGACAGCGCGUGAUCAUGCACUGCGCCUCUCUAAUUGUCCAAAAACUUUCAGAAAUUUGCUGCUCAUUCGACCCCGCAUCGGUUGACAUAUCCGCUGGUCAUAUCGCUAACCUGGGAUACACCGCUCGGUCUUUAGCCCUCCAAAACCUCGAAAACAGCACCCUACUGACUAUUCUAAGCUCUACCAACAAUGGAGACAUUGGAACCAUAAAAAAUAAUGAAAUGAUGGCUGUAAUUCUAGUCACCGUGGACGCGUUGGAUCUCCUCCUCACUUGCACGGACUUUCUCUCUGCCGCCUCGCUUGCCUCCACCUCGGAGAAGUCGCAGGAUAACAUGGAUCCCGAUGAGACGCGAAUCGAUUGCACACCGCAGAUGGCGGACCUGAGCCUCACUGAAGAGAGGGACGGCAAGGGAAUUUGUAGUGAGGGUGGCUCAGUAAUACGCCACUUGCGGCGCUGUGGUGAUGCACUGCAGCGGGGUCUAGAGACGCCACACCUCGCGAAUAUGCUGGCACUCGUUUUUGUUGUUGGAACUGGUGAUGGUAGCUGUGAAGGGGCCUUCUCCUCCCGGGCCGUUGUCCUUCGUCUCAUGAGAAUCGCCCUCAGUUUGCAGAAUUUCUCAGUUUCUUCAUUUCUGUCCACCCUGAACAGCCUCAUACCACCGGGGUGUAGGUCGAUUGAGGAUUAUGUAACAUCACGGCUAUUGCUAGCCACGAAAGAGAAAGAGUCCGAACCCACCGGUCACGUGGCCUUCAUUUCUGAGUGGAUAGCCGCUACGCAAUCGCGCUUUCCUACCAGUCGGCAGGACAAAACUACCUGCUCGUCUGGCACCUCUCGCCACCACUCUGAAGCCACGCUGAACAGGCUCUGUGCGGCACUGGAUAAUACCUCUCUGUCAUUUGCGAGCAUUGCCGGAUCAGAAGCCAUGACGAUUUGUCAGCAAAAGAUUGAAGUUCUCCAGUCGCAAGAGGCGGUGUUGGAAGCGGAGGUGGCGGCAAAACGCGAGGCGCUACGCACGUCAGACGCUCUGGCGGAACACUUUCGAUCGCGCGCUAUCACCGCUGAGGCGGAGGUCGUGCGGCUGCUGCAUCUUCAAACCGUCGCCCUCGCCAACGUCGAGUCCCACCGCGCCUCCUUAGAAGCUCAACGGGAUCAAAUCUCUCGCCUUGAAAGCGAGAAUGGGCGUCUUUCUUCUGAGUUGUCCUCCAAACAAAAGGAGUAUGAGAGUUUGCAGUCGGCCAAGGAGAGCCUGCAGAACAGGCUGACGAGCAUGCGUGAGCAGAACAGAACUAUGGACGCGACUAUCGACAACUUUAGAAAACAGUUGGAUGAGGCAAAGCAAAUCAUUCAGCAAAAGGAUGCCGAGAUUCAACAGUACACUCAUAUGACUCGCAUUAUCAACGAGUUGACUGGCAACCGGGUUCAACCAGCGAAUGCUUCAAAUUCAAAAAACCCCAUUUAG